CCGUAUAAAAUCUUAUCAUCAUUCCUACACAGUUCAUUUGCCAUCUGCACACCCACCACCGGGGAAACACAGAGAGAGAGAGAGAGAGGAGAGAGAUGGUGUCGCUUAAGCUGCAGAAGCGGCUCGCCGCCAGCGUAUUGAAGUGUGGCAAGGGCAAGGUUUGGCUUGAUCCAAAUGAAGUCAACGAAAUCUCCAUGGCCAACUCUCGACAAAAUAUUAGGAAGUUGGUCAAGGAUGGUUUCAUCAUCAGGAAGCCAACAAAGAUCCAUUCACGUUCCCGUGCCCGCCGCAUGAAGGAGGCCAAGAGAAAGGGACGUCACUCAGGAUAUGGUAAGCGCAAGGGUACCCGGGAGGCAAGGUUGCCCACUAAGAUUCUGUGGAUGAGGAGGAUGAGAGUGCUGAGGCGUCUGCUCCGCAAGUAUCGUGAGGCAAAGAAGAUUGAUAAACACAUGUAUCAUGACAUGUACAUGAAGGUCAAGGGUAAUGUGUUCAAGAACAAGCGUGUGUUGAUGGAGAGCAUUCACAAGUCCAAGGCUGAGAAGGCUAGGGAGAAGACCCUGUCCGACCAGUUUGAGGCCAAGAGAGCGAAGAACAAGGCUAGCAGGGAACGGAAGUUUGCUAGGAGAGAAGAACGACUUGCUCAGGGACCAGGAGAGAAGGUAGCUCCACCAGCAGCUGCUGCUCCUGCACCGACAUCUCAGCAAGCACAGCCAGCUAAGAAGUCGAAGAAGUGAUAAACUCGACGACUAGUUUCAGCGACUGGUUGCUCAAUAUCGUGUUUAUGGUUUUGCUAGGGCUGUACCCCAAGUUUUUUGAUCUCUUGCGUUUUAGUUGUCUUUAUCAUAUAACUAUGUUGUUUAGUGAAAGGAGUAUUGAAAUCAUACACCGUCUUUGGAUUAUGAUAUGUUUUCUUAAGUUGAUUCAGUUUCUUAU